GAGGGCUGUGGGACAGACGGACAGACACGGGGGCGGGAUGGGGUGGGAAAGGACCGCUCAGACCCCAAUGCCACCCCCUCCCCACCCCCCCGUGCCACUGAGCGCGUCCCCAUGUGCCAUAUAUCCACGGCUCUGAGCCCCUCCAGGCACAGCGCCCCCCAAACCCCCCCCAUCGGGCAGCUGUGCCGACGCCUCACCUCUCACUGCUCCUCCAUCCCACCCGCGCAGAGCGGGGACAGCCGUGGGGACGGUGCUGUGGGGUGGCGGCACAGCAGAGGCGGUGAGCCGCAGCCCUGCGGGUGGACCAGCGGCCGGCUGAGCUGCGGGUGGGUGGUGGGCGCCAAUGCGUCCCUGCCGUGCCAACUGGUGCCGGCGCGGCCGUGGUCCGUGGUCCGCAUCGCGUGGCUGAAGGAUGGGGGCAGUGGGGCGCUGUGCACCACCCGCCUGCGCCCCGAAGCCGCUGCCGUGCCCUGCGCCACCCCCUACCUGCAGCUCGCGUGGAGCCCACCCCACGCCAACCUCAGCCUCCGUGGGGCACAGGAGGGCCACGCGGGAUGCUACGUCUGCCACGUCACCGUCGAGGUCCCCUACCUCGCCACGGCCGCCGGCAACGGCACAGCGCUCCACGUCGGCGCGGGAGCUGAUGGAGCGCACGGGGCAGAGCUGCCGUGGAAGCUGGGGGGGGCCGCGGGGGGCUCUCUGCUGCUCGUCGCGCUGAUCUCCCUCUGCUGCUGGCGCCGCAGGAGGAGGGCAGACACCCCGGACGUCUACGUGAACAUCGUAUCCCUCCGGACCCCGAGGAACAGGAGCCCCCAGGGAGCAGCUGCUGGAGGACAGCGCAUACAAAGGGGGCUGGACCGAGCGUGGGAGCCCCCCAGCCCUAAGGGGUGACCCCCCCCCACCCCCCGCCCCACAGCCCCCCGAUAUGGCAGGGAUGGGGUGUGAGCGAUGCGCUCCGUUCUGCUUCACACAGGAAGAGCCCGCAGUGGGGUUACAGCA